CUAAGAAUCAGGAAGAGUAAGAAGAAGCAGUAUCCGUUGUGAAGAAGGUGUCUUGUGCUGAGGAAAGAGACGGAAAUGGAAGCAUACGGUGGGUACUUGGUGGAUGAGAAAGCUGCUCGGGUUGAGGAUGCUUUCCUUGAAUUUCUGAAGAGCUUCCGGGUCGGCCAGCAGAGAGAGCCAUAUUACGAAGCGGAGAUUGAAACAAUGAGAGCCAACGAAUCCAACACGAUGUUCAUCGAUUUCUCGCAUGUCAUUCUUUAUAACGAUCUUCUUCAGAAAGCCAUCUCUGAUGAAUACUUGAGAUUUGAGCCCUAUUUGAAGAACGCUUGCAAGAGGUUUGUUAUGGACUCGAAGCCAACCGUCAUAUCUGACGAUAACCCUCACAAAGACAUAAACAUUGCUUUCUUCAACAUCCCAAUCGUUAGGAGGUUAAGGGAACUUACUACAGCUGAAAUUGGAAAACUGGUGUCUGUGACCGGAGUGGUGACACGGACAAGUGAGGUUCGACCUGAGCUUCUCCAGGGAACUUUCAAGUGCUUAGAAUGUGGUGGGAUUGUAAAGAAUGUUGAACAGCAAUUCAAGUAUACUGAGCCAGCGGUCUGUCUAAAUGCAACCUGUUUAAAGGGGGCAAGGUGGGCAUUGCUGCGGCAAGAGAGCAAAUUUACUGACUGGCAGAGGGUAAGAAUGCAGGAGACAUCUAAAGAGAUACCUGCGGGAUCUCUUCCUAGGUCAUUAGAUGUUAUUCUGCGUCAUGAGAUUGUGGAACAGGCCAGAGCUGGUGACACGGUGAUUUUUACAGGGACUGUGGUUGUCAUACCUGAUAUAUUGGCAUUGGCGUCUCCUGGAGAGAGAGCUGAAUGCCGCCGAGAAGCUUCUCAACGCAAGAGUUCUUCAGUUGGAACUGAAGGUGUGCGGGGUCUUAGGGCUUUGGGAGUCAGGUAUCGACUGGCUCCAACUCUGUUCAGACUUAGGUUUAUUGCCAACUCUGUUCAGAUAUGUGAUGGAAGAAGAGAGACAGACAUCAGGAAUAGAAAGAAGGAUGCGGAUGGCGAAGAGCAGCAAUAUACAACACAGGAGCUUGAUGAAGUUAAGAGAAUGAGGAACACUCCAGAUUUCUUUAACAAACUUGUUUCCAGCAUAGCACCAACUGUCUUUGGUCACCAAGAUAUCAAGCGAGCAAUCCUUCUUAUGCUAAUGGGUGGAGUACAUAAAUUUACUCAUGAAUGCAUCAAUCUAAGAGGAGAUAUUAAUGUUUGUGUUGUUGGGGAUCCUAGUUGCGCCAAGUCUCAGUUUCUCAAAUAUGCUGCUGGCAUAGUUCCAAGAUCUGUGUAUACAUCUGGAAAAUCAUCCUCUGCUGCUGGCUUGACUGCAACAGUUGCCAAGGAGCCUGAAACUGGGGAGUUUUGCAUUGAGGCUGGUGCUUUGAUGCUUGCUGACAAUGGCAUUUGUUGCAUUGAUGAAUUUGACAAGAUGGAUGUCAGAGAUCAGGUAGCAAUUCAUGAGGCCAUGGAGCAGCAGACAAUUAGUAUCACCAAGGCAGGAAUACAAGCCACACUUAAUGCACGUACUUCCAUUCUUGCAGCCGCCAACCCUACAGGGGGACGAUAUGACAAGUCUAAACCACUCAAAUAUAACGUGGCCCUUCCACCAGCUAUUUUAUCAAGGUUCGAUCUGGUAUAUGUUAUGAUUGAUGACCCAGAUGAUCAGACAGAUUACCACAUAGCCCAUCACAUUGUGAGAGUUCAUCAAAAGCGCGAAGAAGCUCUGACUCCAUCAUUCAGUACAGCAGAACUGAAGCGAUAUAUAGCUUAUGCAAAAACUCUCAAACCAAAGCUCAAUCCAGAUGCCAGACAACUAUUAGUAGACUCUUAUGUGGCCCUUCGGAGAGGAGAUAUGAACCCUGGUAGUAGGGUUGCAUAUCGCAUGACUGUUAGGCAGUUGGAGGCAUUAAUCAGGCUCUCUGAGGCCAUUGCACGUUGUCAUUUGGAAACUCAGGUGCAACCUCGUCAUGUUCGUCUAGCGGUUAGACUGCUGAGCACGUCCAUAAUAAGUGUGGAGUCCAGCGAAAUUGAUCUGUCUGAAUUUCAAGAAGAAAACCGAGAUGACAGCUUGGGUGGUGAUGAUGGACCUGAUAGCAGAAACGAUGCUGAUGAUCAAGGAGGAAGCACUACAGAACAGAAAGAUGAUGGAACUAAAGGUGAGAGGAUGCAGCAGAUGGUCCUACCCCUCAACAAGGCAAGAAGCUUAUUAAGCGAUGAAUAUUUCCAGAGAGUUACCCAGGCCCUUGUUAUGCGCCUUAGACAGCAUGAAGAAACUGUUGCACAAGAAGGAACUGGUUUGGCUGGAAUGAGGCAACGGGAUUUGAUCCAGUGGUUAUGUGAGCCAAGAGUUACCCAGGCCCUUGUUAUGCGCCUUAGACAGCAUGAAGAAACUGUUGCACAAGAAGGAACUGGUUUGGCUGGAAUGAGGCAACGGGAUUUGAUCCAGUGGUAUGUGAGCCAGCAAAAUGAAAAUACUUAUAGUUCAAUGGAGGAGGCAGCUGCGGAAAUUACCAAAAUUAAAGCUAUUAUAGAGAGUUUGAUUAGAAGGGAGGGCCAUUUGAUAGUGCUAGAUGAUGGUAGGCAAGCAGCAUCGGAGGCCGCAGGUGCGGAGCACGUGACAUCAAUCUCCAGAAAUGACCGGAUCCUGGCUGUGGCUCCAAACUAUGUUGUCGAUUAACAGCUUUUCGCGUUGUUGCAAUGCUAUGAUGUGUAAGUGUGUACAAGGGAACAUUCAAAUUAUUCAAUUACCACUGGAAAUUAGUAACUAAUGAAACUGGUCUUUGAUGGAGAAAGUAGCAGAUCACUCAUGAUUUAUGUCGGCAGUUUCCGUGCUAGCGGGCAGGCCAUCGGUGGCCUUGUAUAAAGAAUUUGUCACAAUCAAAAUCGGAUGCACCAACAGCCUCGGCACACUAAGAUUUAUUCAAUACUGCGAAGAGAUUUUAUUGACUAGCUGUUGGUAGUUAACUAUCUCGUAAUUCUGUAAUCUGUCACAUGCUCACGCAAGAGUUGCAAGAUAUUGGUGACCUUGAUAACGAUUGUGUUUUUUUUUUUUUUUGGCCAAACUAUACAUACUUUCUCUAAUUUUUAUGUCAUGUGUAGAUAGCCUUCUUGAUCUCUGAAACUUUACAGCAAACU